AUAAAUCUACAACUAAAACAAGGCUAAUAGUUUGGUGUUUAGAAGUAGUACACUACAGACAUUGUUGAAGCAAGUUAGCCAAUCCACUGACCAGAUAUAGUCUUAUAGAAUGAUCAAAAAGUCAUUGUAUUCUGUUUGCUGUAUGCAAAAGGAAGAAUGAGGCUUUCAGGCACGUAAAAGCAAGAUUAAAAUGCUCUUUAGAACCAAUAACUCAAGUGGUCAAACAGCCACGAUUACCAGAGUGCAAAAGAGAGUUGACCAUUCUCCGUGACUUGCGCGCGCUUGUGUUUGCCUCGACGACCACAUUACCAGGGACGGGGACACCGUCUUCCAUGAUUACCGGGGCUGUCUCGGAUCCAAGAAAUGGUGGAACCAUAUCAGGUCGAUUCCUUAUUGGAUCAAAUUUGAGUUCGGGCCGGAUCUUAAUUGGAUGAUUUCGAUUCGACCCAUUAAAUUUGGAUCGAGCUUGAGUUGUCUCAGAUCCGGAUUUAAUCAGAUCGGAUCGGGAUGCUUUGGGUGACGUACCCAACAUUAGUUAACCUGCUCAUGCUUUGUGAUUGGAAAGUGAUUCAUGGGGACCACACGCGGGACCGACCAUUAAGCGAUGCCCGAAGAGCCGGUGGGACGGGGGAGGGUGUGAGCAGUACGUACCGAUUAAGAGCGGUGUAUUGACGCUGCGAGACCUCUUCAUCUUCCGACGACGACAAGCUCGAGUGUCGGGAGCAGGAGGAAAUGGCGGAGGGGACGAAGCAGAUCCUGGCGAAGCCGAUCCAGCUGGCGGAUCAGGUGAGCAAGUCGGCUGGGAGUGCCCAGACCAACAAGCAGGAGUGCUUGGAGCUGAAGGCGCGGGCGGACAAGCUCGCGACCCUCCUCCGCCAGGCCGCCCGGGCCGAGCUCUACGAGCGCCCCGCCCGCCGCAUCAUGGAUGACACCGAGCAGGUCCUCGAUAAGGCUCUGGGCCUUGUCUACCGCUGCCGCAACCGCGUCCUCGUGCACCGCCUCUUCAGCAUCACCCCCGGUGCCGCCUUCUCCAAGAUGUUCAUCCAGAUCGACAACUCUGUGGCCGAUGUCUCCUGGCUCCUCCGCGUCUCCGCGCCCGCUGGAGACGACGAUGGCCUGCUCCACGGCCUGUGCCCCAUCGCCCAGAACGAGCCCAUCCUCACCCUCAUCUGGAGCAACAUCGCCACGCUCCACACCGGUCACUCGGACGCCCGAUCCGAGGCGGCCGCCGCCCUCGUCUCCCUCGCCUGCGACAACCAGCACUUCGCCAAGCUCAUCAUCGAAGAGGACGGCGUCGCGCCCCUCCUCCGCCUGCUCAAGGAGGGCAAGGCGGAGGGGCAGGAGAAUGCCGCCCGCGCACUCGGCCUCCUCGGCCGCGACCGGGAGAGCGUUGACUGCCUCGUCGCCGCUGGAGUCUGCUCCGCCUUCGGCAAGGUCCUCAAGGACGGGCCCAUGAAGGUCCAGGCCGUCGUCGCGUGGGCCGUCGCCGAGCUAGCCGCCAACAAUUCCAAGUGCCAGGACGUCUUCGCUAAGAACAACGUCGUCCGCCUCCUUGUCGGCCACCUCGCCUUCGAGACCAUCCAAGAACAUAGCAAGUACUCCGUGCCGUCCAAGGCCAUGUCCAUCCACUCCGUUGUACUAGCCAACAAGGCCGCCGCGUCCGAUUCCUCCUUCGACGACGCCAAGGACCGGUGUCUGCUCCCGCAUCCGGAAGGUCAGUCCAAAAGCUAUCAAUUCCACUCCGUCGUGCAGUCCACGGUGGCCUCCGCCAAGGUCAGUAGACUCGCCCUGAACUCAAACAGCGUCACCAGCACAACCGCGCCCUGGAAGCCCCAGCAGCAUUCUCUGUCGGGGUCCGGCAACAGGGCGAGGGAAAUGGAGGACCGGAGCACCAAGGCCAAGAUGAAGGCCAUGGCGGCCAAGGCCCUGUGGCAGCUCGCCAGGGGCAACGCCGACAUCUGCAGGAACCUCACCGAGUCCCGAGCCCUCCUCUGCUUCGCGGUGCUCCUGGAGAAAGGCACGGGAGAUGUUCGACACAAUUCCGCCAUGGCACUGAUGGAAAUCACCCGCGUGGCCGAGCACAACGCCGACCUCCGGCGCUCCGCAUUCAAGCCGAACUCGCCAGCGUGCAAGGCGGUCAUCGACCAGCUUUUACACAUCGUCGAGAAGGGGGAGCACGACGACCUGCUGGUACCCAGCGUGACGGCCCUGGGCUGCCUGUCGAGGACGUUCCGGGCGACCGAGUCCCGGGUGAUCGCUCCGCUGGUGCGCCUGCUCGACGAGACGGAAGCGACGGUGAUGAGCGAGGCGGUGGCGGCGCUGACCAAGUUCGCGUGCACCGAGAACUACCUGCACGUCAACCACUCGCAGGCCAUCAUCGAGGCCGGAGGGGCGAGGCACCUGAUCCAGCUGGUGUACCUGGGGGAGCAGGUGCAGGUCGAGGCGUUGGUCCUGCUGUGCUACAUUGCCAUGCACGUGCCCGACAGCCAGGAGCUGGCGGACGCCGAGGUGCUCAACACGCUGUCGUGGGCAUCGAAGCAAGCGCACCUGGUGCAGGACUGGAGGGCGGACGAGCUGUUGCCGGAGGCCAAGGCGAGGUUGGAGCUGUACCAGAUGAGAAAGCUGUAGGUGUAAACCACAUCCCCAGCUUCAUUCAGAUAAUGCUGUGUAUACAUCCAAUUUCUCCUGCUUUUUUUUUUCCCUGAUUUAAAUUUAAGGUUUCAGCAACAAAUUUGCAGUUGUAGUGUCAUUAGAGAAUGCUUGAGAUGAUCUAUGGAUAGAAAACAUUUUUAUUUCCAGGGCUCCCAUCUAUAUGGGAUCUGAAGACAACUUAGAAAUGAUCUCCUUUCCUCGUCUUGUUUCAGUA